GCUCCGCCUCGCUCACCGCGCAUGCGCGCUGCCAAUCCCAGCAUCCUGAGGCGCGGCGCGAGCGGAGCGGAGCCAUGGCGCUGCACGUCCCUAAGGCCCCGGGCUUCGCCCAGAUGCUCAAAGAGGGAGCGAAGCAUUACUCAGGACUAGAGGAAGCUGUCUACAGGAACAUCCAGGCAUGCAAAGAACUUGCUCAAACCACCCGUACAGCUUAUGGACCCAAUGGAAUGAACAAAAUGGUUAUCAAUCACCUGGAGAAGCUUUUUGUUACAAAUGAUGCUGCUACUAUCUUGAGAGAGUUGGAGGUCCAGCAUCCUGCUGCAAAAAUGCUUGUGAUGGCUUCCCACAUGCAAGAACAAGAAGUUGGAGAUGGAACUAACUUUGUCCUUGUUUUUGCUGGAGUCCUUCUGGAGUUAGCAGAAGACCUUCUGAGGAUGGGAUUAUCAGUCUCAGAGGUGAUUGAAGGAUAUGAAAAAGCGUGCAAGAAAGCUCUAGAAAUUCUUCCAGAUCUGGUGUGCUGUUCUGCAAAGAACCUUAGAGAUGUUGAUGAGGUGGCAUCUUUGUUGCAUACUUCAGUAAUGAGCAAACAAUAUGGCAAUGAAAGUUUUCUGUCAAAGCUUAUUGCUCAGGCCUGUGUUUCUAUUCUGACUGAUUCUGGUCAUUUCAAUGUUGAUAACAUCAGAGUGUGCAAGAUUGUGGGUGCUGGUGUCUCUGCUUCAUCAGUGCUCCAUGGCAUGGUUUUUAAAAAGGAAACUGAAGGAGAUGUUACUUCUGUCAAAGAUGCAAAAAUAGCUGUGUAUUCCUGCCCUUUUGAUGGUAUGAUAACUGAAACUAAGGGCACUGUACUUAUAAAGAAUGCUGAAGAGCUGAUGAAUUUCAGCAAGGGAGAAGAAAACCUAAUGGAUUCACAAGUCAAAGCUAUUGCUGAUAGUGGUGCAAAUGUAGUUGUAACAGGUGGCAAAGUGGCAGACAUGGCACUUCAUUAUGCCAACAAAUACAAUCUUAUGGUAGUCAGGUUGAACUCAAAAUGGGAUCUGAGAAGACUGUGCAAAACUGUUGGUGCAACAGCCCUACCCAGACUGACUCCCCCUACUCUAGAAGAAAUGGGUCACUGCAACAGUGUGUAUUUAUCAGAGGUUGGAGAUACGCAAGUUGUUGUGUUUAAGCACGAAAAGGAGGAUGGUGCUAUUUCUACUAUACUCAUUCGUGGAUCUACAGACAAUCUGAUGGAUGAUAUCGAGAGAGCAGUGGAUGAUGGCGUAAAUACUUUCAAAGUGCUCACAAGGGACAAACGUCUUGUUCCUGGAGGUGGUGCAACAGAGAUUGAAUUAGCCAAGCAAAUCACAUCUUAUGGAGAGACUUGUCCUGGGCUUGACCAGUACGCCAUCAAGAAGUUUGCUGAAGCAUUUGAAGCCAUUCCUCGAGCAUUGGCAGAAAAUUCUGGAGUAAAGGCAAAUGAAGUCAUAUCCAAACUUUAUGCUGUGCAUCAGGAAGGCAACAAAAAUGUUGGAUUUGAUAUUGAGGCUGAAGCUGCUGCUGUGAAGGAUAUGUUAGAAGCUGGCAUAUUAGACACAUACCUGGGAAAAUCCUGGGGUAUCAAGCUGGCCACAAACGCAGCAGUAACUGUCCUACGAGUCGAUCAGAUUAUUAUGGCAAAAACAGCAGGCGGUCCAAAAGUCCCUAAGCAACAAGGACAUUGGGAUAAGGAUGACUGGAGAGAUGAGCCUGAAAAGUAGUAUCAGUAAGCUCUGUCAGAGAAGUAUCAGUGUGUUAAAGCAUGUGUGAACAUACUGACAAUCACAUGACAGAUCUGCUUAUUUCUUGAAGGCAUGUAACAUUGCUGUCUUAUGUGUGCUGAUUUCUUAUUUCCAUCUCAUUUGUGCCAUAGUAAACGAGUCUUACUCUACAAACUAAACUUUCAUUGAAGAGAUGACGAGUAUCAUUCUAGUUUUACCUGCCACUGCAACAAGUGCAGAAAAUAAGCCUCUAACAAAGUAUUGCUAGUGAGACUUGAGCUUUAAAAGGUGUAUCCAGGCUGGAGUUCAAAACAAUAGCUCUGAUAAUUUUGCUUUGUGCUGUGUGCAACCUGUAAAGAAGUCACCACUCAUUUUUUAUUAGACUAACUUAUUUUGCAUGCAAAAGUAAGGUAAAACCACUUUGUAUGUGAGGGCUCAGCUUCUGCCAUUUUCAAGAAAAAAAUACGUGUUUCAAUAAAAUGGAUAAUAGUGAUUGUAAUUUAAGUUCAGAGCAGGGAAACUGCAUAACCUAAGAAAUGUUUUCAGUCAGCAUCGUAAGGCUAUAAAUUAGACUGAGUCUAAUCUUUUUUUUCUUUUUCUACUUUC